AUGUCCGACCCAGCCCUGUCCGAUACCGAAAAUUCUUCCCUGAGAGUACCUGCUGGUAGUGAGCGAGAAAUCGAAAAUGUCAACGAACGACUUGCAAGCCUCGAGAAAAUCUUGAAGUUGUUCGUAGGUAACAACAAGACAGCGGCGUUACAUGCCUCACCACCGACCGUUGCGGAUUCAUUGUCAACACCUACGGACAGUCAGACGGCUGAACCAGAUGUGGGUUACGAGGGGGAUUCCAGUUUCAAUGCUCACUCCAAGUUGGCUGUGAUGUCUUUUGAGAGUGGCCUCAAUAACUAUCCUUAUUCAAGCUCAAUACAGGACGUAUCCGCCGCGGUCGCCACCCUAAGGGGAUUUCUGACCAAGAGUCUCAGUGAUCAAAAUGAUAGUCCUGCUUCUGGUCCGCAAGUUCUACAAGAAAUCAUCCACUAUCCGCAAUUAUCGAGCCUACAGUUACCUCCAAUGGAUAUUGUCCUUCGCUUACUGAGGCACAUCAAAGUCCACGGGCACAGAUUCUUGUACGAAUGCCCUAUGCUAAACUUACAAGAGAUCAAUGCGCUUUGCCAGGACUUAUUUUUCCCUGCCGAACCUUGCACUAUCGCCACAUUCAUCACAACUCAUACAGCACUCUACUACCUUUUCAGAGAUUUGCCAUUGAAAGAUAUGGAAGUACUUAAUCUGAACAGCUCAGAAGUCAAGUCUCUGGUCGAAAUGUGUGUCAAAAAUGCACAAGUUGCAUUCAGGAAUCUAAGGCUUGUUAUGGAUCCAACAUAUGAGAAUCUUCAAGCAUUGAUGAUAGGUGCUAUUUCUGCAAUGGAUUUAUCACGGCCAGCCUUUGGAUGGUCUCUGAUCUCCGCUGCUUGCAGGUUGUGCCAGGAUGCCGGUUAUCAUCGCCUUCCAUCGUACUCGGUUGCUCCCGAUGCAGACACGACCAAGAAAAGACUACUAUUCUGGUUCAUAUACACCACAGAUCGCAAUAUGGCCCUCAACUUUGGAAGAGCACCUAACUUGCAGAGCUAUGAUAUCAGUGUGGAACGACCGAAAAUCCCCGAGGAGAUGCCUAGCGCGUGGGGUACGAUGUACUACAUGUGGAUGGACUAUGCUGAUAUUCAAGGUGAUAUCUAUGAGCAACUCUAUUCUGCUCGAGCACAGUCCGAGCCCAUCGAAGACAAGGUUCGCCAUGCACGUCGCCUUGCGAAGCGUAUGCAUGAGCUGCGCAAGGAAUUUGGGUUCGUCGACAUCUCAAGAGUGCCCUACGGAGAAGAAUUCCAACAAGCGCUUUUAUCAACGGAGAUCACAAUACUCUCAGCACUGACGCUAAUCUACCGGGCGAUCCCCCCACCAGCGUCAUCCACUGGUGAAGCCCAGCAUCCCCUCAAGCCCAAUGCGGAAGCUCUUUCAACAGCACGCCAAGCUUUGACGACCAGUCUAACAGCCUGGGAAACGUUACGAGAUCGUCCUGGGGAAGAAUGGCGCUCAUUUAUUCUCUGGGGUCUACUGUGGUGUCCCUUCAUUCCCUUUCUUGUGGUGUUUGGUAAUUCGAUAGUCGAACGCAACCGCCAAGACCUGGAACUACUCGAAAACAUCGUCAUAGCCCUCCAAGCCGCCCAACCGAGGAGUGACAUGGUGGACAAGCUCGAGAAGGCUUGCAAGAUUUUUAGUCAAAUUUCCAGGAUAUACCUCGAUCAAACAGAGGGAUCCGCCCAGCAGCAACAACACCAUCAAAAGAAUUCUCGGCAUUUUGAUUCCGCUCUGGUCCCGUCCGUAGGUGCAGGUACCAUGUCCACCAUGUCAGCAACGAAUACAUCCAACGUAACGAUGCAACAACCAGAGGUGCAGAUCACAGACACCGUUCUGUCGGAUUUUCCUCUGUCGCAACAGAAUUGGGACAGCAUGUUCAAUGAAUGGGACCUUGGCCUUGGAGCAGAAAAUGCACGAGAGAUUUCGUCGUAUUUCGAGCAACUUACGGGAGCAGGACCCAUACCCAAUAUGUUUGGCAUGCCGAAUCCGGAACCAUUUGGAUAG